GCGCAUACGCCCUGGCGUCAGGGCAGAGACUUGCCCCGCUUAGCCGCCAUUUUGCUUCGUGCAUUGUGGGAAAUGUAGUUUUUGCCGCCGCUCGGAGUCGUACCCUGAUGUGGUGAGCGCGGCUGCUGAGGCGGCUGAUCCUCUGGUGGGGCCGGAUCGGUCUUCGGGACUGCCGCAUCCCUCUGUCCGGGAGAGGGAGGUCACGGAGCCGGGCCGAUGUCGGGCGCCUUGCCGCUGGGGCGGGCCGGGCUGGUGUUGCUCCUUAUGGCCGCGGCGCCCUGGGCCGGGGCGAGGCCGCCGCCCGGCGCCCCCGUGGGCCAGCCCCGGCCCAGCGUGGUGCUGGUGGUUUGCGACUCCUUGGAUGGACGCUUGACGUUUUAUCCUGGAAAUCAGACUGUGGAUUUGCCUUUCAUAAAUUUUAUGAAAAGAUAUGGCACUAUCUUUCUCAAUGCCUAUACCAAUUCUCCAAUUUGUUGUCCUUCCCGUGCAGCGAUGUGGAGUGGUCUUUUCACGCAUUUAACAGAGUCUUGGAAUAACUUCAAAGGUCUAGAUCCAGGUUAUGUAACAUGGAUGGAUCUCAUGGAGAAGCAUGGCUACCACACACAGAAGUAUGGGAAAUUGGACUAUACUUCUGGACAUCAUUCAGUAAGUAACCGUGUGGAAGCUUGGACUAGGGAUGUUGACUUCCUGCUCCGCCAAGAAGGGAGACCUAUGGUAAACCUGACUGGUGAUAAGAAGCAUGUGAGAGUGAUGGAAGCAGAUUGGCAGAAUACUGAUAAAGCAGUUAAUUGGAUAAAGAAUGAAGCCAUUAACCUUACUCAACCAUUUAUUCUUUACUUGGGGCUGAAUUUACCACACCCGUAUCCAUCACCCUAUGCAGGAGAAAAUUUUGGAUCCUCUACAUUUGUAACAUCUCCCUAUUGGCUUGAAAAGGUGACUUAUGAAGCUAUUAAAAUACCCAAGUGGUCUUCUCUUUCAGAGAUGCAUCCAGUAGACUAUUACUCAUCUUACACUAAGAAUUGCACAGGCGAGUUUACAAAGCAAGAAGUGAGAAAUAUUAGAGCAUUUUAUUAUGCUAUGUGUGCAGAGACAGAUGCCAUGCUUGGUGAGGUUAUUUCAGCUCUGAGAGAUGCUAGGCUUCUUAAAAAAACAAUUGUUAUAUUCACUGCAGAUCAUGGAGAACUUGCUAUGGAACACCGGCAGUUCUAUAAAAUGAGCAUGUAUGAAGGAAGUUCACAUGUUCCCCUUUUAGUUAUGGGGCCAGGCAUAAAAAAACAGCAGCAAAUACCAAAUGUGGUAUCUCUUGUGGAUAUAUAUCCUACUAUGCUUGAUAUAGCAAGAAUUCCUGUCCCACAGAACCUCAGUGGAUAUUCUCUUAUACCACUGCUACAUGGGAUGGCUGAGAAUGGAGUGUCACCCAGAGGGCAUCGGCCCUCAUGGGUAUUGAGUGAGUUCCAUGGAUGCAAUGUAAAUUCUUCCGUGUACAUGCUUCGAACUGGCAAAUGGAAAUAUAUCACGUUCUCAGAUGGCUGUUCAGUACUUCCACAGCUGUUUGAUCUUACUGCUGAUCCAGAUGAGCUGACAAACAUUGCUGUAGAAUUCCCAGCAAUGGUACAUUCCUUGGACAAAAUACUCCACUCUAUAGUAAACUACCCGAAGGUUUCUUCUUCUGUUCAGGAGUAUAACAAAAGACAGUUUAUCAGCUGGAAACAAAGUUUAGGUCAGAAUUACUCAAAUGUUAUUGCCAACCUUAGGUGGCAUCAAGACUGGUUAAAGGAACCAGAAAAAUAUGAGAAUGCAAUUGACAAAUGGCUUCAUCAAAGGUUUCCAGAGGAGCCCAGUGCAUGGGGGCGGGUUUGCAGAUAAUGCAGAAAACCCUAGGAAUGUGCCAGCUCACAAAGCAGAGCUACAGCAUCAAGAGGCAGAGAUGCUCCAUUGCAAGGUGAUUCUGUGGUAUCAGAGCCAACCAGUUGUGAUCUGAUCUGAAGCCAGUAUGUCUACUCUGGUGCUUCUUUUCGUAUCCGGUAGUCUUAAAAUGCUUAUUUAAAUAGAAGACCCUGACUUGUUUGCUAAAAGUAAACCUUUGACUUUUCCAAGUUACUAUUUGCAUGUGAACCUUCGUUCUUAAAAGCUAGAGAGAAGGCAAAAGCCCCCUAGUGCCUUCCGGCCUCUGUUUGCAAUAAAUAGUCUACCUGUGUUGGAAUAGAACUGAGCUAAUUUAAAUAAUAAAAUAGAUACAUUUAACAAUGCAGUCAUAAUCAAUUACUCUGAUUUAGUUAUGUGAAUGCAUCUGCAUUACUGUAACACAAAUGAGACUUGCAGCAUGCAAGGUUGGCUAACUAACAGGAAGAAACUUGUUUUCAAAUGUGCUAAGGGAAUUAUGUAGUAUUAACAUUGAAGAGCAAUUUUUGAAUGAAAGGGAGAAGGGGACAGGCUAGGAUGCCAGCAGGUUCAAACCAGGUAUUUAGGAGGUGUAGACAGGUCAACACAGCCUCUUAGGAUUUACCUGAGACUAACAAAGGCAUUGGCGUGAUCAGCCUCUGCACCUCUCUUUCAAGUGCUUACAGAGGCAGGAGAGGUAGCACUGUCCUGCUGAACAAAAAUGGGAUUAUUUUUCUAAAUACAGGGUCCAGAUGAUCACUGGAGCGGUAAGAGACCGCCACUGUAAAUUUGCCAACAAAUCACAGGAAAAUAAUCGUGCUGCCUGUGUCAGGACAGCUAGCUUAGGAAGAAAAAAAAAAAUCAGUGGGAAAAUCCAGACAUUAAAUGCACCUAGGCAGUGACCCGUCUGAUCUUUCUUUAAGCAAGCUAUGGAAAUAGAAGGUAGGUAAAAGAAAGCUAGGUGAAAUUACUGUAAGUUAGGUUCACAACUGGCUAAAAUCAAACUCAGUAGUAUGUACCAAAAAUUAAAAAGGGGAGGGCUGAUCAAAUAAGGUCUGUGCCGUUUGGUACUUUUUAGAAAGUAAUUUGAAUUCAGGAGUAGAUACUUCUAUUAAACAUGAGAAAAUACACCCUAGGAGAGCUAGCAGCACUUCUGUGGACACACUGAAAUUACAAGUAGUCUUGAUUAGCUGGAAAAAGUUAUCUGAAAUCAUUCAAUCAGGUACAAUUCAGCAUGGAUUGGUUGAAGGUCAAAAUAGAAAGGAAAGGGAAUAAUAUUAAAAUGGUGAACAACAAACUGUCUAGGCUGCAGUUUUGCAGGGUCAAUACCAUUCCAUCAGGUAUUGGUGAGGUCCCCCCUAGGUCCAAUUACAGCAUUUAACAGAGCUCCAAUCUGCAGGCACAGAGUUCUCACUGUACCUGCUCUGGUUUGUCAGUCAUUUUCAUACAUGUGAACUACCAUCAACAUCCUGAGGGCAUGACAUGCAUAUGCUGCCAGCUGUAAACUCUACACAUCAUUCAUGCCCAGUCCUAGCACUCCCAGUAGAGCUCUUCUGUUGCAGAAGAUUGUAGGUUUGGCUUAAUUUGCAGUGUCAACAUGACAAAAAAUAUUCAGCUGGUAAAGUAGGUGUAAUGGAAAUCUCAUUAAUAAAACUAUACCUAAAUGAGGAUAUGGCCUCAGAACAGUGUUGCUGCUCUGCCUUAAAAGAUGCUUCACAUGAACAAUUACAGUGUUUUAGAUUACUUUUGCCACAAGCAGGGGUGUUUCAUACCUGUACAUCCAAUCCAGCAGGCCGGUUACAGCCCUUCGCUCUGUACAGCUAAUUAGUUAAUUAAUGCAAGAAUUACACCUGCCCACCUGAAAUGGAAUGGUGCAUAGUGGAUUUAAACAGAAGCAAUAAGGUGCCAUUGUGGUAGCUGCUUGGUAGCUUGGGAUUCUGGCACGGGACCCAGAGCGUUAUGCGGGCACCAUGUCUUGUUUGAAUGAACAGUUUUAACACCAUCAUUAACCUGGAAGAAAGAGGAUCCAGCGAAAAUAGUUAUUAUUUCACCUCAGAGUAUGAUAGAGAGUUGACUUUCCAAGGGACUGUGACAAAAUUGGCAGACUGAUUGCCAUUUUAACAUGCUUU